CAUGAAAGGGGGGUCAACGGGAGGAAGGAGGAGGUGGCAGUCCCAAAAAAGCCACCACUGUCAUCCACACGUGUGCUGUCCUUCAUUUUACCAUCUGAGAGCAUGGCAAAAGGGUAUGGAAGAGAGAGCAGCCCUGAGGCUUCGGAGAACAAUGGAAAGAAGAAAAAGAAAACUAAGGACUUAGACGAGCUGAAGAAAGAGGUGGCUUUGGAUGACCAUAAGAUAUCUCUGGAAGAGUUGUCAGCUCGCUAUAAAGUGGACCUGUAUAAAGGUUUGACCAAUAAGAAGGCAGCGGAGAUCCUGGCACGGGAUGGCCCAAAUGCUCUGACCCCACCCCCCACCACCCCGGAGUGGGUGAAGUUCUGUAAGCAGUUGUUUGGAGGCUUCUCCAUCCUGCUGUGGAUUGGAGCCAUCCUCUGCUUCCUUGCUUACAGCAUACAGGCUGCGACUGAGGAUGAACCGGCCAAUGACAAUUUGUAUCUGGGAGUAGUCCUGGCUGCAGUGGUCAUCAUCACUGGCUGCUUCUCCUAUUAUCAAGAGGCCAAGAGCUCACGCAUCAUGGACUCUUUCAAGAACAUGGUGCCGCAGCAAGCCAUGGUGAUCCGUGAGGGUGAGAAGAGGCAGAUCAAUGCAGAGGAUGUGGUCCUGGGAGAUCUGGUGGAGAUAAAGGGAGGUGACCGCAUCCCAGCUGACCUGCGCAUCAUCUCUUCCAGCGGCUGCAAGGUGGACAACUCCUCUCUGACUGGGGAGUCUGAACCUCAAACCCGCUCUCCAGACUUCACCCACGAAAACCCUCUCGAGACCAGAAACAUCGGCUUCUUCUCCACCAACUGCGUGGAGGGCACGGCUCGCGGCAUCGUGAUUGCAACAGGUGAUCAUACAGUUAUGGGACGUAUAGCAACUCUGGCCUCGGGGCUGGAGGUUGGUCAGACACCCAUUAACAUUGAGAUCGAGCACUUCAUCCACAUCAUCACCGGCGUGGCCGUCUUCCUGGGCGUCUCUUUCUUCAUCCUCUCCCUCAUCCUCGGAUACACCUGGCUCGAGGCCGUCAUCUUCCUCAUUGGCAUCAUUGUCGCCAACGUCCCUGAAGGGCUCCUGGCUACAGUCACGGUGUGCCUGACGCUAACAGCGAAGCGUAUGGCUCGUAAGAACUGUUUGGUGAAGAAUCUGGAGGCUGUAGAGACUCUGGGUUCCACCUCCACAAUCUGCUCUGAUAAAACCGGCACUCUGACGCAGAACCGCAUGACCGUGGCCCACAUGUGGUUUGACAACCAGAUCCAUGAGGCUGACACCACCGAGGACCAGUCAGGCUUUGGGAGCUUUGAUAAGAACUCUCCCACCUGGGCUGCUCUGUCACGGGUUGCAGGACUCUGUAACCGUGCUGUCUUCAAGCCUGGACAAGAGAAUAUCCCUAUUCUCAAGAGGGACACAGCAGGAGAUGCUUCAGAGUCAGCUCUGCUGAAGUGUAUCGAGCUCUCCUGUGGGUGUGUGCACACACUUAGACAGAAAAACCCCAAAGUAUGUGAGAUCCCAUUCAACUCAACCAACAAGUACCAGCUGUCUAUCCACGAGAUUGAAGACAGUCCCACAGGGCAUCUGCUGGUCAUGAAAGGAGCUCCUGAAAGGAUUCUGGACAAGUGCAGUACCAUAAUGAUCAACGGUGAGGAGCUUCCUCUGGAUGAUGACUGGAAAGAUGCAUUCCAGGGUGCCUACAUGGAGCUGGGCGGUCUGGGUGAGAGAGUGUUGGGAUUCUGCCACCUGUCCCUGUCUCCCUCCCAUUUCCCACGAGGCUUUGCAUUUGACUCUGACGAUGUCAACUUCCCCAUGGAUCAGAUGUGCUUCCUGGGUCUCAUGUCCAUGAUUGACCCCCCGAGAGCUGCCGUCCCUGAUGCUGUGGGCAAGUGUCGUUCUGCCGGUAUUAAGGUGAUCAUGGUGACCGGAGACCAUCCAAUCACUGCUAAGGCUAUCGCUAAGGGUGUCGGCAUCAUCUCUGAGGGCAAUGAGACGGUGGAGGACAUCGCAGAGAGACUCAACAUCCCUCUCAGUCAAGUCAACCCACGAGAUGCCAAGGCAUGUGUAGUCCACGGUACUGAUCUGAAGGAGAUGAGUUCUGAGUAUUUGGAUGAUCUCCUGAAGAACCACACUGAGAUCGUCUUUGCUCGUACUUCUCCACAACAGAAACUCAUUAUAGUGGAGGGCUGCCAGAGACAGGGUGCUAUUGUAGCAGUGACGGGUGAUGGAGUAAACGACUCGCCUGCCCUAAAGAGGGCAGAUAUUGGUGUUGCCAUGGGAAUAGCCGGAUCUGACGUCUCCAAACAGGCGGCAGACAUGAUCCUGCUGGAUGACAACUUUGCUUCCAUAGUAACAGGAGUGGAGGAGGGUCGUUUGAUCUUUGAUAACCUGAAGAAGUCGAUAGCUUACACUCUCACCAGCAACAUCCCUGAGAUCUCUCCAUUUCUGCUCUUCAUCAUCGCUAGUGUGCCUCUUCCUCUGGGCACUGUCACCAUCCUCUGCAUCGACCUGGGAACUGAUAUGGUUCCUGCAAUAUCUCUGGCUUAUGAGACAGCAGAGAGUGACAUUAUGAAGCGUCAGCCCCGAAACCCCAAAACUGAUAAACUGGUCAAUGAGAGACUCAUCAGUAUGGCAUAUGGACAGAUCGGUAUGAUCCAGGCCCUGGCGGGGUUCUUCACCUACUUUGUGAUUUUGGCGGAGAACGGCUUCCUGCCCUCCGGACUUCUGGGAAUACGUCUGGAGUGGGAUGACCGCAGUGCCAAUGAUCUUGAGGAUAGCUAUGGACAACAAUGGACCUAUGAACAGCGGAAGAUUGUGGAGUUCACCUGCCACACCUCCUUCUUUGUGAGCAUCGUGGUGGUGCAGUGGGCUGACCUCAUCAUCUGUAAAACACGCAGGAACUCCCUCUUCCAGCAGGGCAUGAGGAAUAAGAUUCUCAUCUUUGGUCUGUUUGCUGAGACUGCUCUCGCUGCCUUCCUGUCCUACUGCCCUGGAAUGGAUAUUGCUCUGCGCAUGUACCCACUUAAGGUUUACUGGUGGUUCUGUGCCCUGCCAUAUAGCAUCCUCAUCUUCAUCUACGAUGAAGUCCGCAAGUUCAUUCUGAGGAGAAGGCCAGGAGGCUGGGUGGAAAAAGAAACAUACUAUUGAUCAUAAAUGUACACUGACACUGAGUGUGAGUGCUUUUGUGUGUGUGGGAGUGUAGUGUGGGUAGUUGGGUGAGUGUGUGUGUAGGUGAGAGACAAAAACGUGUAAAUGAGUAUAUAUGUAUAAAUUGUAAUUAGAAAAAUAAUCAUUAUCUGCUUUGCAAAGGUCAGAAACCAUCCUUUUGUUGAUUUAAUUUCCAGUCAAAAUAGUCAAUAAACACAAGUUACUCAUUUGUCAG